AACAUCUGUGCGUACGCGAUCGUGAUUGUUGUGAAGAUGGCGGAGGGGGAGACAGAGAAGGAAUAUGAAACACGGAAAGCUGUCGAGGAGCUCCGAGAGCGGUUCCAGGGUUUGACCACAGCUUUGAAAGAGAGCUCGCAGUCUCCGCUGGAAGCCUCCCUGCAUUUCUGCCAGGAGUUUUGCCAGGUCCUUGUGGAACAUGCCGGUCGCUGGAAAACUGAUGAGGAUCCACUGCCCUUGCUGGAGGUUUACACCGUGGCCAUCCUCAGCUUUGCUAAGGCCGCCUCCUGUCUCUCCUCCGAAUGUGAAAACGUGCCACUCCUACUUGAAAAGUUAGCACUGAGCUGUGCGGAGCUGCUGCUCUUACUGCCCCAGCAUGUCCCUGGUGCCUUAUGGGAGGAGUUUCAGUCCUCCAUGAAGUUGGCACACAGCCUUUUGCAAGAAAGUGGAAGCACACAGCUCUGCCUGCUCUCAGUUCUGGCACAACAGGAUGGUGUCUGGUCCAACACCACAUUAAGCAGCAUCUUAUCCAAUCAAAUUCCACAAACUGAGCAAGUCCACGAGUUUCUCGAGUUGGAAGGUCCCACGCUUCUUAACAUGCGAAUAAAACAUCUUAUCAAAGUGGAGAGCGUUGAUAAAGCCGCCGUCCUUGCAAAGAUGUGUGCUGAGUAUCCAGGAUAUGAAGGAAAAGGGAACUUCAAGCAGACAUACUUGCUUUGCAUCUGCAUGACAAAAAGUCAGGAGCAGCUGAUGGAAGAGAUUGCCUCAAUAGACUGUAAAGAUGCUCUUGAAAUGAUCUGCAACUUGGAGUCAGAGGGAGAUGAGAAAGGAGCGUUCUGCUUGUGCACUGCCUUUCUCAAGCGACAGCUUCUCCAAGGAGACGUGUAUUGUGCCUGGGAACUCACACUGUUCUGGAGUAAGCUACUCAUGCGUUUAGAGUCGUCUGCUGAUUCAUUUCUUGGCCGCAGCAAAGAGAUGGCCCUUCUCUGCCGGAGUGUCUGCCACAUUCUGUUUCUCAUUAAAGUGAUCCAAAAUGAGGUUGGAGAAGUGGGGCUUCCAGUGUGUGUAGAAAUGUGCAUUCAAGCUCUGAAAAUGACCUCCAGUGACCAUAAAGACAGCAAAUCUACCAUCUGCAAGACUAUUUCCUGCCUCUUGCCAACUGAUCUAGAAGUUAAGCGUGCGUGCCAGCUGACAGAGUUCCUCCUCCAGCCUACUGUUGACUCGUAUUAUGCUGUGGAGUCACUGUACAAUGAACCUGACCAAAAGCCCGAAGAGGAUGGGAGUCUACCGGUCCCCAAUUCUUUACGUUGUGAGUUACUUCUGGCCUUGAAGACACAGUGGCCUUUUGAUCCAGAAUUCUGGGACUGGAAAACACUGAAACGCAAUUGCUUAGCACUGAUGGGCGAGGAGGCAGCUAUUGUGUCCUCAAUUGACACACUCAAUGACACAGAUGAGCAGGAGGUGGAAAGUGCACUUGGCAAACUCCCUGAAUACAGAGACCUGGAGGAUUUUCUGUUAACCACUACAAAUGAACUCAAUGAAAUAACAGAUGAAAAGGAGAAAAACAGAGAGGCUAAGAAACUUCGGGAGCAGGGUUUUGUGUCUGCUCGGUUCCGAAACUGGCGAGCCUACAUGCAGUAUUGUGUUUUAUGCGACAAGGAGUUCUUAGGUCACAGAAUAGUUCGCCACGCUCAGAAGCAUUUCAAAGAUGGAGUUUAUCUUUGUCCAAUUUGUGCCGAUAGUUUUGAAAGUAGGGAGGUUUUAGAACCACACGUAGCAUCACAUGUAAAGCAAUCUUGCAAAGAGAGACUGGCAGCAAUGAAAGCCGCAAGGAAAGUGGGCAAACCACCUCAGUCCCCUAAAAGUCCGUUAAAAAUCGCCAAGGUUGCAGCCAAGAGUAACAUGAGCCCUGUUAAAAUUGAAUCUCAAAUUGGCAAUCAGUUGGCGGCGCCUGUAAAGACGGAGCAAACCACAUCUGAUACACAGAUAAGUCAAGACUGUUUCUGUCCUGUUAAAAACUGUUCUAAGGCUUUCAAGUUUUUCCGUAACCUCAUGGCUCAUGUCAGAUCUCAUAAGGAUGACGAAGAGGCCAUGAGGUUUUUAGAAAUACAAAAACAGAAAGUGGUGUGCCAGUAUUGCAGAAGGCAGUUCGUUAAUGUCAGACAUCUUAAUGAUCAUUUGCAGAUGCACUGUGGCAGCAAACCGUACAUCUGCAUACAGCUGGAUUGCAAGGCCAAUUUCAACUCCAAUUCUGAGCUUCUCAUGCAUAGAAAAACACACCCAGAAUUCAAGGCCCAGUGCAUGUUCCCAAACUGUGGCAAAGUCUUCAGUGAGGCUUACCUGUUGUAUGAUCAUGAGGCGCAACAUUACCUUACUUACACAUGCCAAAUGGAGAACUGUGGUAAAAUAUUCUACUCACAGUCUCAAUUCGUGUCUCACCAAGAGAAUCAUAGUGCAAAUGAUGCAGCGAAUAGUUUUUCACACGCAAAUCAAAUGCCCCUUGGUCCUGCAAAUGUAGAGCCACCACCCGAUUACGCCCCUAGCAAGGAAGACACAUGCUCUACUGUUGUUUGCUUUGAGAGGAUUAAUACAGACAUUUCUAUGAAAGAAGCAUCAAAUGCAAGCACAUCACCAUGCACAUCACCAGAGGUUGCUAAAGAGCCUGGUGCCCUGAAAGUGAAACACUCAAUUGCAAGCAUCCUGAAUUCAGUGGCAGAUCCUGAAAUAAAGGAACCAGAGAAAUGCUACACUCCACUCACCAACCCCGCUCCAGCUCCAGCUCCAGCUCCAGCUCCAGCUCCAGCUCCAGCUCCAGCUCCAGCUGAUGCCAAUCCACCACAGGAGGCUCCCCAUGGGCACCAUACUGUUGCCGGACAAGGUGAAGUUCCUCCAGUGUAUCCUGCACACAGCGCAACGGAUCCUGUGGCAAGCCAGCAGGCGGAAAGGCAAAAUAUUCUACAAGGCAGCGAAUUUCAGAAGACAAUGCCACAAAUAAUGUCUCCAAGUCAAAUCAAGACAGAAAUGCCUUGUUCGCUGCAGGAAUAUUCAUCCAGCACACCUACUGCAACUGCUGGUAAUGAAGAGAACCUGCAUUGCUGCCCAUAUAAUGACUGUACAAGAGCAUACAGUACAAACAAAAGUCUGUCCAGGCAUGUGAAGAAGCAGCACCCAGAGAUAUUUGAAGAUUGGAAAUUAGCAAAGAAAUACAACAAAGUGACCAAAAUUGCAGCAAAAAAGACGCCCAGUGUACCAGCUACACCGAGUCAGUCUCAGAACCUGGGGAACCGGCUGUCAGAUCAGCCGGGGACACUAUGCAACAAACCUGGGAUGCAGCAAAUGGAUUACCCAACGGGAUGCUCCACCUCACCCGCCCAAUGUUAUCCUGUCUCAAUGGAGCCUGUGCCUAUCACUCCGAUGGUGAAUCCCACAGUGUACCCGUCCUGGGGUAGCCCAAACAAUCCCAGUGGAGUGAUGCAGUCAGACAUGUCUCAGUCAUGGUCGUCACCCUCUAUGAGUAACAGUUAUCCAGAUGCCUUUAACAUGAACGAGUACCCUUCCCGCAGCUAUCCCCAGUGGCAGGCAGACCCUUACCAAACCACAUCGUCUCUCCCUGCUGAUAGAGAUCAUUUAGGGGCGCCUAUACAGGGUCCCACUAUGUCACAUGCUCCUUCAGACUCAAGUUUGAUGUCUCAGUACGUGUCCAGCUCUCUAAUGCUUGACAAUGGAGUACAAAUGCAUAAUGGAGGACAUCAAUAUUCACUCUUGCAUCCUGUGGGUAGUGGAGACAAUGCGGACGAGAGAAAAAACAGUGCAAGUAUGACAGGACAGGAUAAUGGAAACAGUAUGUCAACAAUUGACAGCCUCCCUGAAGGAAGUUACAGCACUCCAUAUGCACAGAGUGAAAACUCUUGUCUUACUCAGUGCUCAUCAGUUGAUAUGCCUAUGAAAUGUCUGAGCCCAGAGGCUCAAGUUCCGUUAAAAGCUGCUGAUGAAAUAAUCAAAACAGAAAUGUCAACUCCUGGUUAUGAACAGAUGGAUAAUUCUGGUGAUGGCAUGCUCAGUCCACAAAGUGUCAUUCCAGCAGAUUUCCAAUAUGAUGAGGACUGUUCUAACGCCGACUGUGAGACCAACCCUGCAGACGAAAAGACUGGCGAAUCUGACACGCAGAAAGGAAAACGCAACAGGCUGAGCAAGCGCACCAAAUGGCCAGCAAUCAUCAAGGAUGGCAAGGUCAUCUGCAGGAGAUGUUUCAGAGAGUUCACAAGUACCAAAUCUCUUGGCGGUCACCUGUCUAAGCGCUCACAGUGCAGACCUUUAAAUGAAAUUGACCUGACGGCAGAUCUGCCAACGUCAUUUCUUGAUUUCCUCAAUGACCCCCAUGUUCCUGACACAAAUGGAUCAUUGUUCAACAUGCCAAAUGGUGAAUUCUCACAGGAAUCCUGUAGCUUGACAACUUGGACUUCGCCUACAGUAUUAAAACAGGAGCCCCAGCAUACAAAUAUAACAGACUAUUCAAAUUCCUUCUCUGUUUCUUCUGAAAACCAGCAAGAGAAGGCAGUAGACAUUGCUAAUCCAUCCCCCACCGUACCUCGUCAGGAGGACCACCUGAUGGAAAUUUCACACGCCUUUCAGAGGCUGGAUUUAAUUGAGGCUGCGCAAGAGAAGAUGCGAAAUGCUUUGUCCUCGCAGCAAAGUGUCAGUCUUUGUGACAUGGAAAAGAGUAAAAUACAAAGUAAAAGCGAUGACAAGCCCCUGGAAAAGAUACCCAAACCUUUCAAGUGUGACCAGGACGAUUGUGAAUACUCAUUCAUGACAAAGGAGGCGUUAUUCAAACACUUGAGUAAAAUGCAUGAUUAUUCUGUCGAGAUGAUAGAAGAGCUUAAAAGAACCCCUUCCAAGCUGUCUCCAUAUCCUUGUCAGAUUUGUCCUAAAACAUUCACAAGAACUACAGGACUGAGAAUUCACUACGAAAAAGUCCAUCGGUUGUCAAAAGCAGAAAUACUGAAGCUAAAGAUUAGUGCUCGAAAUAGACGUGCAUUCAGGCUUAACAAAGAAGUGGCAAUUAGCCGUGUACCCACUGAUGCAAACACCAGUAGCACAACAAGAAGUGCAGAUGUAAUGCCUGUAAUAAAACAAGAACCACUUGACAUUGCAAUUGCACCUCAACCUGACAAUGAGAACAAUCCAGAAGUUCCUGAAAUCACUUCAGGAGAUGUAGUAAAACAGGGUUUGACACCCGAAGUAUUAACUGUUACACGACUACCAUCACCUCAAAACUAUUUGACUGAAAGUCAGUUUGGGGAGGCGACGCCAUCAACUCCCACAAUAGCUCCAGAGUCAACUCUCUUGUCUGUUGUAAACAUGAGUCCAGACAGCGACGUGAAAACCAGCUUGAAAGAGAAACUCAGUCCUGUUGGCAAAGCAAAGGUACCAAAACAGAAAUCAAGCGUGUCCUUGAGUAAAGUAAAAGACCUAAAGUUCUCUACAGAAUCUGUUUCAUCCUCUCCAGAAAAACCCAGCAGCUCCAAAAGCACACCAACAAAGGAGGAGAGGAAAGAGAAACUUCAAAAAAGGUUGAGCCUCAAAAUGUGCGACACAGACAAUGCCUUCAGUCCAUACAGACCAUAUCGCUGUGUUCAUGAAGGAUGCACCGCGGCAUUCACCAUCCAGCAAAAUUUGAUUCUCCAUUACAGGGCCAUGCACCAGGCAUCCCUGCCUCCUAGUAAAGCUGAGACUGAAAAGACAGGCGUUGACAACGGACAAGAGAGCGAACCGAGCAUAGGAAAAGACCAUGAAGUCAGGUGUCAAGUGAAAAACUGUUCAAGGGUGUUCAUGGGAGUCACAAGGUUGGUGCAGCAUUACCUCUUACUUCACAAGUUCACCCGCGACAAAGCCACCGCCAUGAUGGCCAGCAUGACCAUAGAGACUUUCAACUGUGACCGACCAGAGUGUGCUCUCCCAUUCAACUCCGUGGAAAAGUACAUCGAGCACAUUAAGAAUUUCCACAAAGAAAUCGCCAUCUCUGAGAGUGGUUCGGUGGAUCCAACUUUCCGGUGCGAGUUUGAGGGAUGCGACCGUGUGUACACUACAAAGUCAAACCUCCUCCGCCACCUGAUCAAAAAGCAUGAGUAUGUAUAUGAUCCCAAAACAAGUGAUGGAAGAAGGAGUAAAGCUGUAGGGCUCUUUCCAGGACUCAACAAUGGGAAAGAGAACGUAGAAAAUAAGUUCAAAGUGAAAAAGAAAAACACUAAAAAGAAAGAUGGCAAGUCCACAGAACACUGGACUAGUUUUGGAAAACCUACACUAAAAUCUCACGAAGAGGCGUCGGCCAUGUGCACCAGGAAGUUCCCCCUGCAGUACCCAUGCAUGAUCAUAGGCUGCGAUGCGGUGGAACGGGCGGAAAGAAGUAUAUUUAAGCAUUACACCACUCAUGGCCUCACAGAAAGAUACAUUGAGGAUCAGAGGAGUCAAUUUAUUUUCUGCAAAAAGUACUCACGCGCCAGGUUCAAAGAUGCAAACAAAUCGGAGGGCGCUUCAAGUUCAUCUGCAGACGAGACGGAGACGGAAGACGGCGCAAAGUCCAGUGACCAGAAGCUGGAUGAGCUGGUGGAUAGAAUAGGCCAAGAGGACAGCAAACUGUCUAAUGACGAUAGUGCAGAAUCUCAAGCUUCCACUGGGACCGACGGUGGAGUUAAAAGAGGCCGUCCCAGAAAACCUGCACAUCCUACACCAGCUUGUCCAGAGAGGAUGCAGACCCUUAGGAACCGUUUGACUGUUAGCAGUUCAAGAGAGAACUCAAAUCCUGGUACCCCUACAGCCCAAGAUCAACGUGACGAUGGGGUUUUGCCAGGGUCUUUCAAGCCUUUAGGACUUGAAGACUCUUUCCUUAAGUUCUUGGAAACCUCAGAGUCAACCCACUCUUCCAAACGCAAGUUAAACGAUAAAUCUAGUGCUGAACUGCCGUCCAAAAGACAUCAAACUCACAGACAGAAAUCUUCAAUGAAACAUAAAAUCACUGAUGAAUUUAGAGGCUGUGAGAAUCUAGUAGACUUUAGAAAUCCCUUAAAUCUCAAAUCUGUGAGUAAUGUUAAAAUUGUCAUGGAUAAAACAUUUUCAGACGGUGCUGAUCUUUUGCUGAAGCAGCUACAAGAUAUGAAGCCCAUAGUCAUGAUAAAAAAGUGGCUUUAUAGCGGAUCAUAGCCCGAUAUUUUGUUUUUAACUCAAUCUCACUCAGGAUUUGAGAAGUUAUGCUGCAGAAAUGGUUUGUUUGAUAAUGCAUAAGAUUUCCAACAGUCAUGGUCACAGUUAACGAUGAAAUGGCCUAUUUUGUACUUAUGAAAAAAAAAUGUCUCGGAUGAUUUUAAGUAUGUAUGUUAGUUAUAAUAACCAGGUAAUCUAUAGGGCAUAGAUUUUAGAACAUGUUUGUAUUUAUGCUUAGUACUGAAGAUGUUUUUUUUUUUUUUUUUUUUUUGCUAAAUGGAGACUUUUAAAGAAAACUAUGUUUUUAUAUAUCCCUAUGGGAUUUCAAGUUCUGUUUGUAUUUAUUUCAUCCUUUUUCAACACUAGUAGACCUAUCUGUAAUAUUUACAUGUCUUCCACGAAGUGUUCAAUAAAAUGUUACUGGUUCUUUUUUGUAAAA